AUUCGGUUCGUGCUGCUUCGCUGGCAGUGGCUCGUGCCAGUUAUAAACCGACUGCCAAACGGCUCACGACAACAGCAGCAGCAGCAACAAUAGCAGCAGCAGCAACUUAAAGCAACAGCAGCAAAAACAACAUCAACAACAGCAACAACAGCAACUGACAGCAGCAAAUCACAAGCCGAAAAGCAAAAGAAAAGUGACGUUUGUUGUGCGUUUUGUUUUUGUUCCAUCACUGCCAAAUCAAAUUGCAAUCAAAAGAACUGAAAAGCACACACAAAGAAUACAAGAUUAUACACGGUGUAUAAAACAAAUUAAGCAAAACACUUCAACACAAAAUAUCGAAAAUAAAAACAAAUCAAAUGCGCGCACGCAGCAAACGCAACAAAAUGCAACACUGUCGACGCCUGGCAACACUGUCGACAUUCUACAACACUGGACGACAUCGCAACUAUUAUCAAGUCUAAACCCAAAAAAAUCAAAACCUUAAAGUGACAAAACUCUCUUAAUCACUCGCAAUCAGUUUCAAACAUAGACUACAAUUUUCAACACUCAAAUCUAUGUAAAACUCAUCUCAACUCAAUUCUUAACUUGUAAAUGCUAUAACUAUCGUAUAAUAUCUUGCCUAGCCGAGCAUAAGAACUAAUAAAAAAAAUAUCUAUGAAUAUUUGGCAACAAAACUUCCGAAAACGAUCAGCGGAGGAUGUUGACAAUGGCGCCGAGAACUUUGAACCGCCGCAUAAAUUGCCCAAUAACAAUAAUAAUAACAACAAUAAUAACAACAACAACAACAGCUCAAGUGGCGUUGGCGGCGGCUCGGAGAAUCUAACCAAAUUCUCAGUUGAGAUUGUACAACAACUGGAGUUCACCACAUCGGCGGCCAAUUCGCAGCCGCAACAGAUUAGCACCAAUGUCACUGUGAAGGCGCUGACCAACACCUCCGUCAAGAGUGAACCGGGUGUGGGCGGUGGGGGAGGCGGUGGCGCCGAUCAGCAGCAACAGCAGCAACAACAGCACCAGCAACAACAACACCAGCAACAACAACACCAGCAGCACCAGCAACAUCAGCAGCAACAACACCAACAGCAGCAGCACCAACAACAGCAGCAGCAACACCAACAACAGCAGCACCAACAACAACAAGGCGGCGGUCUGGGUGGCCUCGGCAAUAAUGGGCGUGGCGGCGGAGUUCCUGGCGGUGGCGGUAUGCCCACAGGACCCGUCGGUGGUGGCGUCGGCGUCGGCAUGGGACCCAACAUGAUGUCGGCCCAACAAAAGUCCGCUCUGAGCAACCUGGCCAAUUUGGUGGAAUGCAAACGGGAACCGGAUCAUGAUUUUCCUGAUUUGGGUUCGCUGGACAAGGAUGGGGCGAACGGACAGUUUCCGGGCUUUCCCGAUCUGCUGGGCGAUGACAACUCGGAGAAUAAUGAUACCUUCAAGGAUCUCAUCAACAAUCUGCAGGACUUUAAUCCCAGUUUCCUCGAUGGCUUCGAUGAGAAGCCGCUGCUGGACAUCAAAACCGAGGAUGGCAUCAAAGUGGAGCCACCGAAUGCUCAGGAUCUGAUCAAUAGUCUCAAUGUCAAGUCCGAGGGUGGAUUAGGCCAUGGCUUUGGUGGUUUUGGUGUUGGCAUGGGCCUAGAUCCGCAGUCCAUGAAGAUGCGUCCAGGUGUCGGCUUCCAGAAUGGACCCAAUGGCAACGGCAAUGCUGGCAACGGCGGUGCAGGAGCGGGUGGUGGCAACGGCGGUGGUGGACUCAUGUCGGAGCACUCACUGGCUGCCCAGACGCUCAAGCAAAUGGCCGAGCAGCAUCAGCAUAAGAGUGCAAUGGGGGGCAUGGGCGGUUUUCCGCGUCCGCCGCACGGCAUGCAGCAGCAACAGCAGACGCCUCAGCAGCAGCAACAGCAGCAACAUGGUCAAAUGAUGGGCGGUCCUGGUCAGGGACAGCAACAGGGACGCUACAAUGACUAUGGCGGUGGUUUUCCCAAUGACUUUGGCAUGGGACCCAAUGCCGCACAGCAGCAGCAGCAGCAACAACAGCAGCAGCAGCAACACUUGCCACCGCAGUUCCAUCAGAAGGGCCCUGGGGCAGGACCAGGCAUGAAUGUGCAACAGAACUUCUUGGAUAUCAAACAGGAGCUCUUCUAUUCCUCACAAAACGAUUUCGAUCUCAAGCGUCUGCAGCAGCAGCAGGCAAUGCAGCAGCAGCAGCAGCAACAUCAUGCACAACAACAGCAGCAGCAACAGCAUCCCAAUGGCCCCAAGAUGGGUGUGCCUAUGGGCGGAGCAGGUAACUUUGCCAAGCAGCAGCAGCAACAGGUGCCGACGCAGCAGCAGCAGCAGCAGUUGCAGCAGCAACAACAACAAUACUCGCCAUUCAGCAAUCAAAACGCCAACGCCAACUUCCUCAAUUGCCCGCCACGUGGCGGCCCCCAAGGCGGCAACCAGGCGCAGGGCAACAUGCCCCAGCAGCAACAACAACAACCGUCCCGUGGCCCCGGCGGUCCGCAAUCUAAUCCAAAUGCCGGGCCUGGCGGCAAUGCGGCGAAUGCAACACAGCAGCAGCAACAGCAGCAGCAGCAGCAACAACAACAGCAGCAGGCAACAACAACAACAUUGCAAAUGAAACAAACGCAACAACUGCACAUCAGUCAACAAGGCGGCGGUGCUCACGGCAUUCAGGUGUCAGCUGGUCAGCAUUUGCAUUUGAGCAGCGAUAUGAAGAGCAACGUCUCCGUGGCCGCACAACAGGGCGUCUUCUUCAGUCAGCAGCAGGCGGCGCAGCAGCAACAGCAGCAACCCGGUGGCAAUGGCAAUCCCAAUCCGCAACAGCAACAGCAGCAACCGCACGGCGGCAACUCGGGUGCGAAUGGCGGCAAUGGCGGUGGACCAAAUGCACCGCAGCAACAGCAGCAACAGCAACCAAAUCAAAACAUGAACAAUUCAAAUGUACCCUCCGAUGGCUUCUCGCUCUCGCAAAGCCAAAGCAUGAAUUUCACACAGCAGCAGCAGCAACAGGCCGCGGCGGCAGCAGCAGCAGCUGCAGCCGCACAACAGCAACAGGCAGCCGCACAGCAGCAACAGCAGCAGCAGCAGCAGGUGCCGCCCAAUAUGCGUCAGCGUCAAACGCAGGCGCAGGCAGCGGCAGCAGCAGCGGCGGCAGCUGCGGUACAAGCGCAGGCAGCGGCAAAUGCAAAUGGACCUGGUGGCAAUGUGCCGUUGAUGCAACAGCAACAACAGCCGCCAGGUGGCGUACCCGUUGGCGCUGGCAGUGCCGGCGGCGUUGGCGUCGGCGUCGGCGUCGGAGUGCCGGGCAACGCUGGCGGACCCAACAAUGGUGCAAUGAAUCAGCUGGGCGGACCCAUGGGCGGCAUGCCGGGCAUGCAGAUGGGCGGACCUGGUGGUCCCAUGAAUCCCAUGCAAAUGAAUCCCAAUGGCGGCGCUCCCAAUGCACAGAUGAUGAUGGGCGGCAAUGGCGGACCUGUGCCAGCCUCCAACCAGGCCAAGUUCCUGCAACAGCAGCAAAUGAUGCGUGCCCAGGCCAUGCAACAGCAACAACAGCAGCAGCAGCAGCAACAACAGCAGCAGCAACAGCAACAACACAUGUCCGGGGCACGUCCUCCGCCGCCGGAAUACAAUGCCACCAAGGCGCAACUGAUGCAGGCGCAGAUGAUGCAACAAACUGUCGGCGGCGGUGGUGUUGGCGUUGGUGUUGGCGUUGGUGUUGGUGUUGGCGGUGGUGGCGGUGGCGUUGGUCGCUUCCCCAACAGCGCUGCUCAGGCGGCGGCCAUGCGACGCAUGACACAGCAACCGAUCCCCCCAUCCGGUCCAAUGAUGCGGCCCCAGCAUGCGGCCAUGUAUAUGCAACAGCAUGGCGGUGCUGGCGGUGGACCACGCGGUGGCAUGGGCGGUGUACCUGGCGGUCCGUAUGGCGGUGGUGUUGGCGGUGCCGGCGGACCAAUGGGCGGUCCACAGCAGCAGCGACCGCCCAAUGUCCAAGUCACGCCCGACGGCAUGCCCAUGGGCUCGCAGCAGGAGUGGCGACACAUGAUGAUGGCCCAGCAGCAACAACAAAUGGCCUUCGGCGGACCAGGACCAGGAGCGGCCAUGCGACAGACGCCCGGCGGGUUCAAUGGAGGUAACUUUAUGCCAAAUGGAGCGCCGAAUGCGCCAGGCAAUGGCCCGAACGGAGGCGGUGGCAUGAUGAGUGGCCCGAAUGGACCACAGAUGCAGCUGACGCCGGCGCAGAUGCAGCAACAGUUGAUGCGACAACAGCAACAGCAGCAGCAACAACAGCAGCAGCAGCAGCAACAACACAUGGGCAGCGGUGCUGGGAGCAACAUGCAGAUGCAACAGCUGUUGCAACAGCAACAGGGGGCAACUGGAGGCGGUGGCAUGAUGGCGACACAAAUGCAAAUGACCAGCAUGCACAUGACGCAGACGCAACAGCAGCAACAGCUCACGAUGCAGCAGCAACAGUUUGUGCAGAGCACCAGCACAACGACAACGCACCAGCAGCAACAGCAGAUGUUGCAGAUGAGCCAGAGUGGACCGGGUGGUGCCGGGCCCAGCAACAAUAAUGGUGCACCACAGCCGGGUGUUGGCGGUGUUGGCGGUGUUGUUGGCAGCUCGGCGACAAUUGCCAGCGCCAGUUCGAUCAGUCAGACGAUCAACUCGGUGGUGGCCAACUCGAAUGAUUUGUGUCUCGAAUUCCUUGACAACCUGCCCGUCGACAGCAAUUUCUCCACGCAGGAUCUGAUCAACUCACUGGACAACGACAAUUUCAACAUACAGGACAUCUUGCAGUAAGAUCCCGUUGAGAUAGAUGCCAGUUAAUCACACACCAUCACCACCAUCGCCACCACCAAUUGUUGCCUGUUCGUUUUAUAUUUUGUUGCCUGUUGUUGUUAUUGCCCUUGCCCCUACCCCCUACCCCCAUUUCCCCCCCUCGUGUUUGUUAAUUGUGUGAAUUUAUAAGCUAAGUUCGUUUCGAUGUACUAUAAUUUCGGACUCCACUGUAUUAUUAGCCGCUAGAGCUGCCCGCUUCGAUUGUCGGGCAGAAAACGGUCCAAGGUGGGCGGAUGCUGGGCGUGGCAGGCGGCAGACAUUCCAUACUAUAUAUCUAUAUAUGUGAAUAUGUAUUUGUGUAUGUAAAUGUAUAUGUAUAUGUACAUAUACGCAAAACAAUUCGAUUUAAGUGAGAUAACGUAUUUGCAAGUACUUUAAAAAGCAGCAUAUAAAAUUAACAACUCACUCACACACACUUACAUACCACACACCACACACACACACGCACACACACACACACACACACACACAUACAUACAUACAGAACUUAAGCACUUGUACUUAAUGCAAUUGACCACGCCCAGCGCACAGUCUGCCCGCCCAACAUUUCAUUUUACUUAAGCAAAAAAGAUAUAUAAACAACAAAAAAAAAAAAA